AUGCCACGUAAGCUACGUAAGAAUAUACGUAAGAGGAAGAGAGCAUUGAAACAUCCAAUAGUAAAACUGACACCACAACAACAGUUGCAACAACAAAUUAUGAAUGACCCCACUAUGUUGCAACAAAUGUCAAGCAACCCUAUGCUUUUAAACCGAGUUAUUGGUGCACAGAGUGGAGGUUUAAGAGCGGCACUUUUAGCGAAAAUGGCAGGCUAUGGUGGAGCUGCAGACGGAACAGCUUAUAACCCUCAAAGUCAAAUGAAUUUGAGUUCACUCAAAAAUCAAAUAACAGAUGUCAAAAAGUCAAACAUAGACAUACAGAAACAAAUAAGUGAAAACGAAAAGAAACUAGAAUAUGACAGACAGACAAAGAAACUCAAUGAGUUAAACGUAGAGAAAAAGAAGAAAGAAGAACAACUGAAAGAACUAAGUACAGAGGAAUAUGCGAAAAAAGUGUCAGAAAAAGCAGCAGAAGUAGCAAAAAUGGAACAGAUGUUAUAA